CGUGCUGCAGGUGGGACAACGCUGUAGCCGCCCGCUUCGCUUCCACUGCUGAGCGAGAUAUUGUUGGCUAUACAACCGCAGCCGUCGGCACAUUGUAGUGGACGUACAGGCAACAUGGGCAAGCUCCAGGAAUUCGAUAUUACUUUCACCAAUAACAAAGUGGUGUAUAGUCCCGGAGAAUCAAUUUCCGGAACCGUGAAAAUCACGAGUGCCAACCCUCUACAAUAUAAAGCAAUUAAGGUGAACUGUCUUGGUUCCUGUGGCGUCUCCAACAAGAUGAACGACACGUCUUGGGCCGCGGAGGAGCAGUACUUCAGCAGCACGCUGUCUGUGGCUGACAAAGGCACUCUGGCACAGGGUGAACACAGCUUUCCCUUCCAGUUUCUAAUUCCAGGCUCCGCUCCAACCUCUUUUGAAGGGCCAUUCGGGAAGAUCUCGUACAGAGUGAGAGCGGUCAUAGACACAUCCCGCUUCUCUAAGGACUACAAAGCCCAGAAGCCUUUCUACCUGCUCAACCUCCUCAACCUCAACGAAGUGCCCGACAUCGAGCAACCCAGCUCAUCUGUGACGACCAAGAAGUUCACCUACCUCCUGGUGAAGACGGGGACCGUCAUGCUGAAGGCCAGGAGUGACCUGAGGGGCUACACCCCCGGGCAGGUCAUCAAACUCGCCACCGAGAUCCACAACAAAUCUGGCAAGGACACGGGCUGUGUGCUGGCCAGCCUUAUACAGAAAGUGACGUACAAGACCAAGCGUGCCAUCUACGACCUGCGGACGAUCGCUGAGGUGGAGGGGGCAGGGGUCAAGGCAGGCAAGCAUGCUGAGUGGAAGGAGCAGAUCAUCGUUCCCCCUCUCCCCCAGUCAGCCCUCACUGGCUGCAGCCUCAUUGAAAUCGAUUACUUCAUCCAGGUAUCUCUGAAGUCCCCUGAGGUGGUGGUGACUCUGCCCAUCUACAUUGGGAACAUUCCUGUCAAUGUGACCCCCUCGCGGGCUGCGGCAACACCCCCGACCCCAGCCCCCUGCCUGCCCCCCCGUCCAGCCCCCCGCCCCGCCCCAAGAUCCAGUCCUGGCGGGGUGACCCCCAGUGCACCGCCGGCAGAGGAGGACAUGGAGGAGGAGAUGGGGGCAGGGGGUCUGGUCAGCGAGGAGAUCCCCACCAAAAGCCACUCCCAGCAGGACCACUCUGCCCAGCCGCCCUGCGUGUCUCCCAGCGCCUUCAGCUACGCCCCGGGCCUCACCUUCUCCCAGAACCAACGCCGUGCCGAUGACACCUCAGGGCCCCUGUUCUGUGUGUCCACGGGGGCCACCAUCCCUUUCUUCUCAGAUGGAAGUUCCACCCCUGUGCCCACUUCCUGUCCUCUCAUCCUGCCUCCAGAGUACAGCACCUGGGACUACCCACACGAGCCACCUCCCACCUACGAGGAGAGCUGUAGCAGCAACAACUCCAGUUUCAACAGCAGGAGGUAGACGAGCAGGCGGAGUGUGAGACACGUUCCCUUUGGAACGCUUCCUGCAGGACUCUACAGCCCCCUUCAGGUCAGAUGGGGCAGUGCAACUUGGUUCUGACUGAGCAGACACUCCUUUUUUAGAGAGCUUUUUUCAAAUACGUUUAAAAGGGAUUGUGGUUUAUUUUUAAAUUCAUUUCAUUUUACUUUUUUUCCUCCUCUGUUCCCUCAUGAAGUUACAAGCAGGCUUUAAUGGGGGCUUGAGAGGAAUGAUUCAGAAACGGAGAAUGAAUUUUACUCUGACUGAUGUGCGUUUCAAAGACAUUGCAUGCAAUUGAGCAGCGAGAGCCAGGCUUUACAUGUUGAUCAAUACCAAUUCAUUUUUUAUUAUUUCUGUCAGUUUUGUCAAGCAUCUGUGAUGCCUUAACAAUGUCAAAUACUACUGAUUUUCUUGAAAGUUUUUUUUCUACCAUAAUUAUAACCAAAGCUGGCCUUUACAUCUGUUGUCAAAUUGUGUGCUAAAUCAAAUCUAUAAGAGCCUACCUGGUCCCUGAAUCUAAUGAGGGAAGCCCACCUUCAUUUCCCUGUGCAGUGGGAAUGCCCUUUGUGACAUCAUCAGAACUGAAGUAAAGCUGCAGGCUUAGACCCAGCACAGUCAGGCCAUGCCUGGCUACUAUCAUAUGCACCAUCUUUGAUGAAGAUAGCAGCAGUCAACCAUGCAGCUGCUAAGGAUUGAAGCAAAGGAUUGUGGGUCUACAAAGGCUGUGGUAUCAUGCGGAGAGGUUCAACAUGGGUACAAGGAAUAAUAGGAAGAUGCCUCUGGGGAGCUGUACAUAUGUACCCUGCCCCAUUUCCUCCUUACCUUUGGAAAAGGGUGAGUCCCACACUGAACCGGUCUGUUUUUGUGGGUCCCGCCUCUAUGUCCUUCAGACCCAACGUCACCCAGGGAUGCUGUACCACCAGUCAAAUUGCACAUGGUGUGCUGCUUCCUGGAAUGAGAACAUGGAUCUCUGGGCCUUCUCUUUCCUGGACAUACACACAUAUACACAAAUGCACACACAUACACACACACACAUGCAAAGACACACAAGUCGGGACUGAUAUGCAUUCUGAUGCAAACGGCACUGUUUGAUGAGUUUGUUUAGUCAGGAUGCACAGAUGGAGGUCACAUGCUGAGUUUCCCAGGAAGCCUUACUGUAUGUUCUUACUGACACUGAUUGAUCACCACUGCUUUGUAUUGUUUUGCUAUUUGUAAUGAAUUUGAAACUGAGGUCAGACAGGACUUUGAUAUGGUAUUUGAUAUUGGUAUUUCCACCAACAGACAAACUAUACAAGCACAGACAGCACUUUGGAAAGAUGAACUUAAAACUGUGUGUGGGGGUGUAUACGUGUAUGUGUAUGUGUGUGUGUGUGUGUGUGUGUUAGUAUGUGUGUGGGCGUGUUUCUAUGUAUUUUUGUAUGCAUGUAUGCAUGCCUGUUUUGGUUGGACAGUGUGUUCAUCCACCUAAAUUCUGGAAACUCACACUUGACAUUUUUUCAUUGCUGUGGUUUUCUCAAGCUUUGCACAGACAAAUACUCUAAUGUCAAAUGAAAAAAAGGACUGGUUUCCCCCUAACUAGGAAAUCUUAUGUAACCACACAGUUUCUGUUUGGCUUUAGCAUUAAAGUCAGGCAAGAUACACAGUGCUAAGCAUGGUAUUCAGAUUUACUCUGCUUCUUGUAUUUAUUUGAACUCUCAUAGUUUUCUGCUGCCUUCUGGCAGAAGCAGAUCUUGCACUCAUAAAUGCACUCACGUGUUACACUAUUAAACAACGCUUUUCUUCAAAGUGCGCAAACAUUAAAUACCAUUCCCCUGUACAUUUGCAAAUGUCUGUAUGUGUGUACAGUGAUUUAACCAUGUCAGAUUAAUUUUUGUUUCUUGGGAUUAGGGAUAUAUUUUGUAGUGUGCUUGAAUAGACAGCAAGAUGAAAGAAAGUUGAGUCAACUCCACGGGUGUGAGUGUGUUGUCUCUGUGUUCGCACACUUCCAAUACUUCUUGAAAUUGUCAUGGACACUGGAAAUUGCUGUGUAAGUGUGCUGCCUACACAAAAGCUGUAAAAAUGCUGUUUUUCCACACCGUGCAUUUGAACUGGCAUUCAAGCAUUUAACAGCCUCAAGGGAGGUUCAGUGUGAGAGUGAAACUCAGGACAAGCACUGUGUGGUACUGUGUGUCCAAAUGAGCAUCCUCCUUGGGGUUCAUUUUUCAGACGAUUGCUGACUUUCCUCUAAAAACGCAGGAUUUGUUUCACCAUCCAAAGAGAUGUGCUUGCUAGUUAAAAAUUGUAAGGUAAACCAUUUAAUUUUGUUACAGCAUUGGGUGUCCUUAAACACUUCAGCCUCUAGAAUGGGAUGCCAUGUUUCCAUGUUGGUGCUGUGGACGUGAGAAAGUGGCCUGCACUCAACAUGAGGCUGUGAUCUGGGCCGCAGGGGUGUGCUUAGGACAGUCUCUCACCUCGCUGCAUGCAUGACAUCGCAGCAUGACCCUGUCCUGGUGCCGAUGCUGUUCACAUGCUGUUUCCAGCUCACUCUGACCAUGGCAAACGGUAUCUGACAUGGUGGGCGUGUCUGUGACCUGCCCCAGUACACAUUCUUUGUCACCCUCACAGUAGCAAUGAUUGGUGGGCUACUACAGUGCACAGGUUGAUUGGUAUGAUUUUUGCUUGUUUUGUUUUGUAUCUGGUUAUAUUUGAAAUGCAUUUACACAUGCCAG